GUGCCUCCACUCUCCAUCAGUGCAUUGACAUCAUGGCCUCAUAGAGCCUCAUCUCCAGAGUCUAGACUCGCUAUGGACUUUGCUCAGUUACUAAAUUGAACAUCUACUAAAUUGAACAAUCUGCAACUUUUUUUUCCUUUCAUUGGCAUCCAGAGGGACUUGAAUAUUGGCAGCAUGUUCAAGUGGUGCAUGGUGAUCUUGGUGCACUUUGCGCUUUUGGAGCGCGGAGUGGCCGCGCCGCCAAACAGCCUGGCUUCUGCAGACUUCAGGCUGCAAACUGACACAGAGGCUGGGCAAAGUGCCAACAAGCUGCAGGAGGCGACAGAUGACGGGGAAAACACCCUCUCAAAGCUGCUGGGUGAUUAUGACAAAGUGAAAGCCCUCUCGGAAGGCUCUGACUGUCGGUGUCAAUGUGUUGUCAGACCCCUGAGCAGGAGCGCCUGCCGGCGGAUAGAGGAGGGCAGCGCAACGGCGCACGACUCCUACACGGUGGAGACCAUCACGUCCGGUCCAGAGUGUAAGUGCGCCUGCAUCGCACCUCCAUCUGCGGUCAACCCAUGCGAGGCAGAGCUCAGGCUGAAAAAGCUUAGGGAAGCUGCCAAAGAUGAUGUCAAGCUGGCCACCGUUCUUCAGCUUCUGGAGGGUUCCUAUUAUGGGAUGGAUCUACCCAAACUGCACUCCGUCAUCAGCAAUCUGGUGGAUCGUGUGACGCACAUUGAAAAGGUGAUGGCCUUGAACCAGACUAAAGAUGAGGUUAAGUCCCACACAAACCCACCAAGGCCGACAGAUGAUACUAAAAUAAGGACCAAGACCCACUCUUCACCUUCCCACAACGAAGAUGAUCCGGAUGGGACAGGAGCCUCUCAAAACAAGGAAAAGCAUGGGGAGAAGUUUGUUGCCAGAACUCCGGUCGCCAAGGAGAAACCCCACGUGGCUCCCAAAAAGGUGGCCAACACGGAAGUUUCAGGAGGGUCAAAAACUGCUCAUAAUGGAAUGAUUAUCAGAGGAGUGACUUUUUACAAAGCUGAGCCAGAACCAAUGGCCACUGACGACGGGGAACAUGAAGAGAACGAUUUUGAAUAUCAUGGAUUCAGUGGUGAUGGUCAAAUGGAUCUCCUCAUUGAGGAGAAUCUUAUACAACACAGAGCUCGUCCUCGUCCCAGAGAGAAGGCGGGGCCGAGAUCAUUCCACCCUGUAAGGAAAAACCUUUUUCAAGACUCUAAGAAGACCAGUCGGUCAACAAACCUAACCCAAGUUCUGAGUGAGGAGAUCCAAGACAUUGAUGUGCCAUCAGUUUUCACAACGGUUGAGACAAACACAACGAACAACGUCACAUUUGCACCCGACACAACCACACAAAACUCCACCACAGAAAAGUCUGCAACUCAAUCUGUUCCUUCAAAUAUCACCCAAGAGAAUUUGACAGAAGAUCUAUCCCUAGUUGUAACUCCUGAGAAUAUGAUCAUAGCAACCCAAGCAAUCACCACAAGUAGUACACAAACUACCACAAUGGAAACUCCUAGCCUUGAGAUGAGCUCUCAAAUAGGUGAUCAAAUGCAAAUUUCAGGAGCACCAAACUCUACCAGCAGUGGAACUACUUUAUCCUACACCACCAACACUCCAACAAUUAAAUCCACUCAACUUGCCCCCACAACCCCACAAGACUCAGAGCCCACCACUCUUCCAGUGUCUUCUACCGAAAGUCCUCUACACACUUCUCCAUCUGUCACCACACCUGUGACAACUUCAUCUCCACCCACUACUACUACUAUCAAGACAACGACAACAACAACAACCUCCGCCAUGUCCAGUCGGGCUCCUGCAGUCAAAAGGAAGUACAAGAUAAGCUGGGAGGAGGAAGAGGAAGACUUGGAGUUUGAGGACAUAAUGCAAAGGCAGGAGGGCGCCACCACACGGAAACCUGAAGAAUGUAAGGACACCCUGGCAACCAUCUCUGAACCAGUGACUCACAACAAAUACGGCAGGACCGAAGGGGCCUGGAUGAAGGAUCCCAAGUCGGACAAAGACAGGAUUUAUGUCACCAAUUACUAUUACGGGAACAACCUCCUGGAGUUCCAGAACAUGGAGGUUUUCAAAAAAGGCCGUUUCACCAACUCCUACAAGCUUCCUUAUAACUGGAUUGGAACCGGUCACGUGGUCUACAAUGGAGCCUUCUACUACAACCGCGCCUUCUCUCGAGACAUCAUCAAAUUUGACCUACAACAGCGCUACGUGGCUGCCUGGACCAUGCUGCACGAUGCCGUGAUGGAAGAGUCCACGGCGGCGUGGGAGUGGCGCAGUCACUCAGACAUUGACUUUGCUUUGGACGAGAGCGGCCUGUGGAUCAUCUAUCCGGCGUUGGACGACGAAGGCUUUUUACAGGAAGUGGUCGUCCUGAGUCGCCUGAACCCAGUUGACCUCAGCAUGCAGAGGGAAACCACGUGGAGAACCGGGCUGAGGAGAAACUACUACGGGAACUGCUUCAUUGUGUGCGGCGUCUUGUACGCUGUUGACAGCUACAACCACAAGGAUGCCAAUUUGGAAUACGCCUUCGACACGCACACCAACACUCAGAUGAUUCCCAGAAUGCCCUUCACCAACAAUUACACUUACACAACCCAAAUUGACUACAACCCCAAAGAGGGUGUACUGUACGCAUGGGACAAUGGACACCAAGUCACAUAUGACAUUAAGUUUGCCUAUGUAGACUCCAAUUAAGGCUUUUAAUUGCAGUGAAUUUAAAUUCUUAAGUGGAUUGUAGAUCAGUCCAACUGACCUAUAAUGGUAAAUGUCAAUAUUUGUUAAAUUUGUACCAGAAUUAAAUAAAACGUGAGUCACUUCGGA